GUCAAGCAAACACUGAGCCCUACAUUCUCAUUCAUUCAGUGCUCGACAGUCCUGCAGUGUUGAUGAGAGCACGUCUUCGACUAGUGCUUGCUUUUCAGCAUUCCGCACAACAAAAACCUACUUUUACUAUUCUCCAAGCAGAAUUAGAAGACUGAAAACCAUUGGAUAUAUAAUUAUUUUUCUUCAUAUCGUGAAUUAUUGUGCUUUCAAGAAUCCUAAAGCUUUUCCCUGCAAUUGUUACUCUGCUCUAGGACUAAUAAACUCGGUUGUCUGACCAGAUCGGUCUCAAACGCGCAACGUUUAGGCUAUUUGGUACCUAUUCCAUAGAAGCGUGGAUUUACCGUUUCUGGAGCACAUUGGUGUAAUGCACCAGAUUUUGAGAACGAAUAACGAAAGAAGAUACAACAUCUGUAUUUGGAUUUAACGCCAUCGUUACGAAUUUUAAGAGCUAAUUAAAAUACGCUUGGACUAUUUCCUUGGAUGGAGUUUUGGUAUAUUGGUUGAUGGAUUCGACGUUAUGGAUGGUUACAGAUGGGUUUUCCGAUGCAUGCCAAGUCCACGGUGAAUGUCGGAAGUGGUGAUCACCCCAGAUGGCGCUCCAAAGUCAACAUGGCCCUGGCGGUUCAUUAGUGGUGAUCCAGCAGCCUUCCCUGGAGGGCCGGCAGAGGUCGGAUUACGAGCGGGAGCUCCAACAUGCCGCCAUCCUUUCCCUGGACCAAAUCAAGGCCAUCCGAUCCAGCAACGAGUACACAGAAGGGCCCUCGGUGGUCCGGAGGCACCCUGCGCCCCGCAUGGUGCCCAGGCCCGACAAGCAGCAGGAGAGGACUCACGAGGUGAUCCUCGUCAAUGUGAACAACAACUACGAGCACCGGCCGGUAGGGCAGGGCCACCACGGUGGGGUGGUGGUAGUGGCCGGGGGCCAGCAGUGUAGCACCAGGGCCCCGGGCCUUAAUCGCUCCACCAGUACAGGCAGCGCGGCCAGCUCAGGGAGCAACAGCAGUGUAUCCUCUGAGCAGGGACUCCUGGCCCGUUCGCCUCCCUCUAGACAAGGGAUGGUGGCCCUCCACCAGCACCACCACAGAGCCGAGCGGACUCAGCCUGUUCGGACUCAGCCCAAGGUGCUGCUAGCCCCCCAGCAGGGCUCUCACCCGCUGCUGCCACUGGAGGCACCGCUCAAGCCCUCAGGGAAAGGGGACAUGGCGUCUGGCCACCAGUUCAUCUGCGAAUGCUGCGGGAAGUGCAAGUGCAGAGACUGCACAGCCCCAAGGACCCUGCCCUCGUGCCUGGCCUGCAACGGCCAGUGCCUGUGCUCGGCGGAGAGCGCCCUGGAGCAUGGCACGUGCAUGUGCCUGGUCAAGGGCAUCUUCUACCACUGUUCCAACGACGACGAGGGGGACUCGUGCGCCGACCACCCCUGCUCGCUGUCACGCUCCCACUGCUGCUCACGCUUCCUCUGCAUGGGAUUAUUGUCGGUACUGUUCCCCUGUUUGCUGUGCUACCCGCCCGUCAAGGGGUGCCUGAAGGCGUGCCAGGGCUGCUACGACCAAGUCAACAGGCCCGGGUGCCGCUGCAAGAACUCCAACACUGUCUAUUGCAAACUGGAGAGCUGGUCCCAACAGGCCCAGGAAAAGCCUUCCUGAUCCUCUGUGUGUGCGGGAAGAGGGGCGGGUAGUUGGUCCCCUGUGUGGUUCUGACUAUGAUAAUAAUGAUGAUGAUGAUAAGUCACUAUUACUAUUGAUGUUUAUCAAACAUUUUAAGCACCUCCCACCCACUUCCUUUCUCCAACAGGGAAUCCUGAUAGGAGUAAAGCACGGAAUAUGAAAACCACUCAAUUCUUUAUUUUUUGCAACAGGACCGUGUUUUUACAGACCAGUGUUUGUCUUCAAUGUUGUUGUUUUUUGUCAGUCUUCAGCUACUCCGUAACACUUGUUUAGAAAUAAUUUUCUGUUCGCUAGGCAGCGUUUCCCUGGUGCUUUAAGCUUCAAGUGAGAGCAGCCUCUUACCAAAUCUGUGAAGGACUAUCUAGCUAGGCAAUAUGUAGCUGUUACCACAUGUUCAUAGCAAACAAGGAUUGUUAGAAUUCCCAGUUGCUACCACACUCAGACCAUAGCUAGCUGGGUUUCUGUGCUCAAGUUGCAUUAUGGAAAGCACGUCCAUCUCAUAGUAUUCUGUUGGAUAUGUUUCUCCCCAUUCCCCACUCAUCGUUCACACGCAUUCUUUUUAUUUUUUUUUGUGUGUACAUUUUAUGCUCAAAUCCAUAAGAGGAAUCUGGCUUAUUUUUUUUAAAAAGGAAAAUGUAUUCUUUUUUUGUUGUAAAAAUAUUUAUUAUGUGAAGCUCUAUUUUAUGAUAUUUAUUGCAAAAGACAGUCUUAAAUUUACUCAUGUCUGAAUAUAACAAAAUAUCAAUACUUACUGAAAAAUUAAAGGGUGGCACAAAAGAAUAAACUAUGUUAACUUUAAUGCAGAAAAUAUAUUAAUUAAUGAAAAAAAAUGUUAUGUCUUG